GCCCCUCCUGCCGUUUCUUGGGAGUGAAGCUCUUCCCUCUCUGGGUGGCUGGGUUGCUGUUGGUGCCCAGGAAGCCCCAUGGGAGGGCAGAGCCAGGGCCUGGCAGGGGGCCUCAGCCUCUCAGGGUAGAUGUCACUAAAGUGUCUGAGACAGGCAGGGAAACCAGGCAGGAGAAUGUGCACCCACAGCCUGGGUUACACGGCUGCAGCUCCCUGCUCUGAGGCCACCUCAUGUGUACCAAGGAGACCUUUUUGAAAAAUAAAGUGCAGACCAGGUGUGAUGGCUAAUGCCUGUAAUCCCAGAGUUUUGGGAGGCCGAGGCGGGAGGAUUGCUUGAGCCCAGGAAUUCCAGACCAGCCUGGGCCACAUAGAGACCCCUGUCUCCACAAAAAAUAAAGUACUCAGCAUUUGUAUUUUACAUUAUGAAAGUAGCAUCAUAGAUCACAACAAUUUUAAAAGCAGAAAGAAGGAAGAGGCUGGGUGCGGUGGCCCAUGCUUGUAAUCCCAGCACUUUGGGAGGCCGAGGCCAGCAGAUCACUUGAGGCCAGGAGUUCAAAAACAGCCUGGCCAAUAUGGCGAAACCUUGUCUCUACUAAAAAUACAAAAAAAUUAGCCAGGUCUGGUGAGCAUACACCUGUAAUCCCAGCUGUGUGGGAGGCCGAGGCACGAGAAUCCUUUGAACCCUGGAGGUGGAGGUUGCAGUGAGCUGAAAUUGCGCUACUGCAAUCCAGCCUGGGUGACAGAGAGACUCUUGUCUCCACCAAAAAAAAAAAAGAAAAAAAAAAAAAGAAGGAAGAAAAUCACUUUUAGUUUUAUCAUCCAAAGAUGACACCCUUCUUCAAUAUUUUGAAUAAUUCCACCCUGUCCUUUUCUAGCUAUGGGGCUGUUAUCUGACUGGUGGUAGCAUUUUAUUCCCUGUCACUGUUGUUAGGGUUGUGACAGAUAUUUCUCUCAUCUAUUAUAAAUGUUGUAAACCCACCCCUAAUAACUGCAUCUUAUUUCAUGCAGGGGCUACCCCAUAACUUAUUGACCUUUUCUGUUUUGUCAUGAAGUGGGUUGGCCAGGAGCUGUACCCAGGCAGAGGACAUGAAGAAAUUGCCCUGUGACAGGAGCCAGGGAAACCACAGCGGAGGGCUGGAGGCUGGGGUGCUGGUUUUGCUGGCUCGGCCUGGUUCCCAGAAUGCAAAGCCCAUUUGUCUUUUUUUUUGCAACCUCCACCUCCUGGGUUCAAGCCAUUCUCCUGCCUCAGCCUCCCAUGUAGCUGGAACUACAGGCGCACGCCCCCAUGCCUGGCUAAUUUUUGUUAUUAGUAUUAUUUUUUUUAAGUAAAGAUGGGGUUUCAUUAAACCUGUUGGCCAGGCUGGUCUCCAACUCCUGACCUCAGGUAAUCCGCCCGCCUCGGCCUCCCAAAGUGCCGGGAUUACAGGCGUGAGCCACCGCGCCCGGCUGCAAAGCCCAUUUUUCUAUAGGUAACCUGUGCUGCGCGGGGUGGCACUAGUUUUCACCCAGCGGGCGAGGAGGCAGCGAAGUCGCGGGCCCAGCGUAGCGCGCGCCUCCGAAGGGCUUGGUGCGGGCGCGGGCGCGGGCGCGCGGCGCCACCGUUCCCAUCCAGGCUUGUCGGCGGCCACCGGCGGACCGGGCUUCGAGAUGGCCUCCCCGCCGCGGUGCUCCCCGACAGCCCAGGACAGGGAAUGCAAGUUGCCGCCACUCUCGGCCCCCGCCAGCGAGUAUUGUCCCAGCAAGCUGUCCUGGGGGACCAUGGCGAGGGCCUUAGGCCGCUUCAAGCUGUCGAUCCCGCACACGCACCUGCUGGCCACCCUCGACCCCCUGGUCUUGGACAGGGAAACACCACCUCAUCUGUUGCCUGAGAAGCACCAGGUGCCGGAGAAACUGAUCUGGGGCGACCAGGAACCUCUCUCCAAGAUCCCAUUUAAAAUUCUGAGUGGGCACGAGCACGCUGUGAGCACCUGCCACUUCUGUGUGGAUGACACAAAGCUCCUCAGUGGCUCCUAUGACUGCACUGUGAAGCUGUGGGAUCCGGUGGAUGGUUCUGUGGUUCGCGAUUUUGAGCACAGGCCCAAAGCUCCUGUUGUAGAGUGCAGCAUCACCGCCGACAGCAGCAGAGUCAUUGCCGCAUCCUAUGAUAAGACAGUGAGGGCCUGGGACCUGGAGACAGGCAAGCUGCUGUGGAAGGUCAGGUAUGAUACCUUCAUCGUCUCCUGUAAGUUUUCUCCUGAUGGUAAAUACGUGGUCUCAGGCUUCGACGUGGAUCAUGGAAUCUGCAUAAUGGACGCCGAGAACAUCACCACCGUUUCCGUCAUCAAAGAUCAUCACACAAGGUCCAUCACGUCAUGCUGCUUUGACCCCGACAGCCAGAGGGUGGCUUCUGUCUCUUUGGACAGGUGCAUCAAGAUCUGGGAUGUUACAUCCCAGGCCACGCUGCUUACCAUCACUAAGGCACAUUCCAAUGCAAUCUCAAACUGCUGUUUUACCUUCAGUGGCCAUUUCCUGUGUACAAGCUCCUGGGAUAAAAACUUAAAAAUAUGGAACGUCCACACAGGGGAGUUUCGAAACCGUGGAGCCUGUGUGACUCUGAUGCAGGGCCACGAAGGUUCUGUCAGUUCCUGUCACUUUGCCAGAGACAGCUCUUUUCUCAUUUCUGGAGGGUUUGAUAGGACUGUGGCUAUUUGGGAUGUAGCAGAAGGCUACCGGAAGCUCUCUUUGAAGGGCCAUAAUGACUGGGUGAUGGAUGUUGCCAUUAGCAACAACAAGAAAUGGAUCCUGUCUGCUUCCAAGGAUAGGACCAUGAGACUGUGGAAUAUUGAAGAAAUUGAUGAAAUUCCUUUGGUAAUCAAGUACAAAAAGGCGGUGGGCUUAAAGUUGAAACAGUGCAAAAGAUGUGACAGGCCUUUCUCCAUCUUCAAGAGUGACACCUCUUCUGAAAUGUUCACCCAAUGCGUGUUCUGCCGGAUAGAUACAAGGGGCUUGCCAGCAGAUACUUCAUCGUUAUCAUCAUCAUCGGAAAGGGAGAACUCACCGCCGCCAAGGGGAAGCAAGGAUGACUGACAGCCACAGGCCCCUUUGAGUGACUCCAGCACAGGCUACCUAGCAUGUAGGUUUCGGGGCUCUGCAGGGGCUUUCUCUUGGGCCCCUCCCAGGCUCAGUAGGCCUGUCAGACUGGGGCAGGACCCAAGCCCUGGCUGGACUCUCAGCACAGUGCCACCUCCUCAGCUCUCAGCUUGGGGAGUGAACACUUUACUUUCCGUUUUCAUGCAGAAUAAAUCUAAUUCCUUUGGAAAA